GUCAUUUUCAAGCGACUACAAUAAAUGAACCUUCCUUCAUGUCGUGAAAACGUCGAACAGAUCAGGUUUAACAGGAUGGAUGUGAUAUAUGGUCCACUGAGCUUGGGUGCAGCAGCUGGGCUGGGUUGUGGGCUCCUCCUUGGUUGGCACUUUCGGGCUCGAUUCGCCCCAAUAUCCAAAAGCGUGAUACAGGCGGUGGGCAGCGGUACUGGGGAGGCAUGCGUGAUGGGAGAAGGCGGUGAGUUCAAGAUGAUCCUGGUGGUCCGAAAUGACCUAAAGAUGGGCAAAGGCAAGGUCGCUGCCCAGUGCUCACACGCUGCUGUGUCAGCUUACAAGCAGGUCCAACGCAGGAACCCAGAUCUACUCAAACAGUGGGAGUACUGUGGCCAGCCAAAGGUGGUGGUGAAGGCCCCUGAUGAGGACACUCUCAUUGAACUGUUGAGUCAUGCCAAAGAAGUGGGACUUACUGUCAGCCUCAUCCAAGAUGCAGGAAGGACACAAAUUGCACCUGGGUCACGCACCGUGCUGGGCAUCGGUCCAGGCCCAGCUGAUUUGGUUGACAGUGUCACUGGAGACUUAAAGCUGUAUUAGAGUUUCUGCAUCCGUUUCCUUGCAGUUUGAAAGUUUCUGCAAUGCAAAGUUGAGCAACCGUGAGCUGCUUUAAACAAAAAAAACAAAAACAGUUUGGAAAUCAUUUUACUCUUUAUAAAGUUGUCAUGAUGUUGUUUGGUGGAUUUCUUUACUCUGGUCAGUGAAUGUACCAUAAACAAAUUAAAACAUUUUCACGCUUCA